UGAACAGAAUGAUCCAAAUUGCAUCUCGCACGAGCACCAGCAACAACCUCGCCGUCAUCACUGCGGUCGCCCGUCGCGCCAUCGCCACCGCUGCUGCUGCUGGCCAGCAAGGCAAGAAGACCCGUCUGCAAGACACGCUCCGAAUCGGAUCCAUCCCUGCCGAUGGCAUUGGCAAGGAAGUCGUCCCGGCCGCACAACUUGUCGUGGAAGCCGUUGGCGUGCCGGUCAAGUGGAUUUCGCUGGACGCUGGCUUUGAGUACUUUCAACGCCACGGUGUGGCGCUGCCGCAGUCCACGGUCGAUACACUCAUCAACUCGUGCGACGGUGCGCUGUUUGGCGCCGUGAGCUCUCCGUCCCACCGCGUCGAGGGAUACAGCUCGCCGAUCGUCGCGCUGCGCAAAAAGCUGGACUUGUUUGCAAACAUCCGACCAGUGAUUAGCAGCCCGCAUGUGCCGCGAUCGCUGCCUGGAAUCAAUUGCGUGAUUGUUCGAGAAAACACCGAAUGCCUCUACGUCAAGGAGGAGCAGCUGACGACCACGGCCAGCGGACACAAGGUGGCCACGGCAACGCGUCGCAUCUCCCAGGAAGCAUCUGCACGCAUCGCCAAGGUCGCGUUUGACAUUGCAGUGCAACGAGCUCGCGAAUUCAAGCGGCCCGGCAAGGUGACGAUCGUGCACAAGGCCAACGUCCUGCCCAUCACGGAUGGCCUGUUCCGCGAGACCGUGCUGGCCGUAUCCAAGGAAAGCGCAUACAAGGACAUUAUCGUUGAAGAGCAGUUGGUCGAUUCCUGCGUGUAUCGCACCUUCAUUGAUCCGCAGAGCUUUGAUGUGCUUGUAGCGCCAAACAUGUAUGGCGACAUUAUCAGCGAUGGUGCCGCUGCCGUCGUUGGCGGACUCGGCCUUGUUCCCAGCGCAAACUCGGGCAACAAUUUCGUAGUAGCUGAGCCCGUGCAUGGAAGCGCACCUGAUAUCGCCGGGCUGAACAUUGCCAACCCGAUUGCCACAAUCCGCGCGGCAGGGCUCAUGCUGCAGCAACUUGGACACGACAAAGCGGCUCGUGCCAUCGAGGCCGGCAUCCAAGAGUCGCUUCGUCGCGGACAAACGACCAAGGACCUUGGUGGCAGUGAAUCGACACACUCUGCAGCUGAGAAGAUUGCCUCUCAUGCGGUUGCAGCGCUUGCGCGAGGAUAGCGAAAGAGCAUGAAUCUGCAGAUUAAAAAAAAAAAAAAAACGACAGUAC